AUGCCAGACAAGAAAAAAUUACAAUUCAUCUGGCCCAAAGAUGGGCCCAGAGGUUCCGGAGGUCAUCAAGGAUUUUGGGGAAGACUCAACAAUAUUGUAACAAAUCGAGGGCCUGAUAUUUUCAUCGGGAAACAAGGAAGCAGAAUUCGUCCCGAUCGCUGGCAGAAUUGGGACUCAUAUCACGAUGAAAAUAAGCAUAUCCGCGAAGUGAAAGGAUAUUUUUCGAGAGAUUUCAAAAGAUACGAUCCAUACACGAGGAAAUACGUCGAGUGGGAACAAGCUCAAGAUUGGAACGGCUAUGGCGUGGGAAACCAGCCAGGAAGUUAUCCACGAUUAACCAGGGAUGAACUGAACAAAAUGUAUCGGGCUUAUCAUCGAGGUCAUCGAGUCGAUCCUUCCAAGUUCAAAGAUUGGAAUUAUAACGGUCCCAACAGAUUGAGACAAGAAUAUGACGUUUUCUGGCAAGGAGCGCAUCGUAUAGGGGAAAAUCACAAUCUGGGCUGGGAUCUUUUCAGGGGACGGAAUAAUGAAUGGUUGAGAAUGCACCAAGAAUGGCCCGAUGAUGUCGCGGAUUGGAUGGCACUCCAGGGAAUGUGGUAG